CCGAAACUUAAGUGUUAUUGAGCCGCAUUGUUUGUCUUAAUCUGUGUGUACAUUAAGUGAUAUGGCGGAGGCCACUAUCUCUCAGGACCAAUUCAGCUGUCCAAUCUGUCUGGAUCUCCUGAAGGAUCCAGUGACCCUUACCUGUGGACACAGUUUCUGUAUGAACUGCAUUACAGGCUGCUGGGAUCAGGAUGAACACAAGGGAGUUUACAGCAGCUGCCCCCAGUGCAGACAGACGUUCACGCCAAGACCUGUGUUAGGCAAGAAUGUGAUGCUUGCUAAAAUGUUGGAGAAACUGAUAAAGCCUAAACUCCAAACUGUGGUUCCUGCUGAGCACUAUGCUGGACCUGGAGAUACAGAAUGUGACGUCUGCACUGGAAGAAAGUGCAAAGCUGUAAAGUCUUGUGUUGUGUGUAUGGAAUCUUACUGUCAGACUCAUUUUAAACAUCAUGAGGAAUUUCAUUCAGGUUCAGGAAAGCGACACAAAAUAACUGAUGCCAUAGGACGACUCCAGGACAUGAUUUGUCGUGAACAUCAUAAGCUAUUGGAGGUUUAUUGUCGUUCGGAUCAGCAGUGCAUUUGUGUGCUCUGUAUGAUGAAUGAACAUAAAACCCAUGACACUGUCACAGUUGCAGAACAGAGAACAGAACAAGAGAAACACUUGAAGGAGAGACUCAAGCAGCAAAUCCAGGAGAUAGAGAAAAAGAUUCAGGAGCUGAGAGAGGCUGUGAAGUAUCAUAAGUGUUCUGCACAGGUCGCAGUGAAGGACAGUGAGAGGAUUUUUACAGAGCUGAUCUGCUCCAUUGAGAAAAGUCGCUCUGAGGUGACACAACUGAUAAAAGAUCAAGAAAAGGCUGCAGUGAGUCGAGCUGAAGAAUUCUUGAAGCAACUAGAGCAAAAGAUUGCUGAUCUGAGGAAGAAAGAAGUUGAGCUAGAGCAGCAUUCACAUGCUGAGGACAUCUGCUUCCUCCAGAGUUUCCAGUCUCUCUCUGUCCUGCCAAUGGACUCACCCAACGUCAACAUUAGCUCUCUUCUCUCUUACGAUAAUAUACAGAAAUCUGUCUCUCAUCUGAGAAAGAAGCUUGAGGAUUUCUGCUGUAAAGAGACAGAAACGAUAUCUUUUAUAGUGAGUUGCAUCCAGAUAAUUCCCUUUACUGAACCCAAGACCAGAGAAGAGUUCCUCCAAUAUCGCAGUCACUUUACUCUGGAUCCAAACACGGUGAAUAAAAACCUCUGUCUGUCUGAGGGGAACAGAAUGGCUACUCACACAAAUAUAUUCCAGUGGUAUCCUGAUCAUCCAGACAGAUUUGACCAUUGGGAGCAGGUGUUGUGUAGAGAGAAGGUCUGUGGACGGUGUUACUGGGAGGUUGAGUGGAACAGGAGUGUGGGUAUAUCAGUUGCAUAUAAGAGCAUAACCAGGAAAGGAGCAGGUAAUGCAUGUUUGUUUGGGUGUAAUGGUCAGUCCUGGAAACUGUCCUGUAAUCCCUUUAGUUCUUCAUUCUUUCAUAAUAACAGAGAGAAAAAACUGCCUCUAGAGUCCAGCUCCUGUAUAGGAGUGUAUGUGGAUCACAGUGCAGGAAUUCUGUCAUUCUAUAAAGUCUCUGAUUCAAUGACCCUCAUUCACAGAGAACAGACCAAAUUCACUCAGCCUCUCUAUCCUGGCUUCAGGGUUACUGAGGAAUCAUCAGUGAAACUUUGUGAUAUAUAAAUAUAAAAGGUGUAGUGUUGCACGAUAUACCGGUACUUAAAAAGUACCGGUAUAUCGUGUACCUAUUUUAAUAAGAGCCGUAUUUCUGCAUGUCUGUGUUAGUGAAUGGUUUUGUUUACUACACACAAACGCGUGACGCUCGCUGUGUUUUCAGCCUCAAUAUAUGACUACAUGAACACAUGAACAUAAUCUCUAGAACUGCUCUGAGAGUCACUUCAUGAGCAUUUUACCGUUUCUUUUGCGGAAAUCUAUCGUCAUAUAAUGAAGACCCUAAAGGUCUUCACAGCAACCCGUCAAAAUAAAUGUUCGGUUUCACUUGACAGUCAGAAAUAUAUUCAUAUAUUACUUAAUGUAAGGAUAAUACUAUAAAUAAUAAUAAAAAUACUAUUAAUACGAUGUUUAAGGAAUAUUUACCAGAAAAAAAAUAUUUACCAGAAUUUAUUUACCAGAAAAUUGUGAAUACACAACUCAGUAUUUCUGAAAAAAAAAAAAAAGAAAUAAAAAUCCUAUAAUAAAUUAAUUCUUUAUCAAAUCUAAUUAUCCUUUAUAAAUUCAUUAGACAUGCUUUUGAUUAUUAAAAUGUAAUGAAACGAUUAAAAUAGAAUCCAGAAAAGUUUUGGAAAACAGAGAUUCACAAACAAAAACUGAAUCUGAGAAAAAUAAUAAAACAUAUUUCAUAGGGCCUUAAAAACAUGUAACUUAAAAUAAUAAUCAGAAGAAGAAAUUGCUGUUAAAUUCUGCAAGUUUCACGAUUUCAAUUAAUUAGACAUGCUUUUUGAUAAAUACUUUUUAUGUAACCAUUAAAAUAGAGUCUAGAAAAAUUAAAAUGGAAUUUGGGAAAAAAAUAAAACAGAUUUCAUAGGGCCCUCUUUAUUUUAAUUGUUUCUUUGUUUUAUUGUAGUUGUCCUUUAGUUUGUCACUUGCGUCUGGGAUCUUAUUAUUAAUAACAAAAAUUAAAUAAAAAAUGACUAUGUCAUGAUAUAAAUUGUUGUUGUGAAAUAAAAUUACUAUAUCAUGAAAUAAGAUUUGGCUUUAUCAUUUAAGCUAACUUACCAAUAUAGCAAAGAUCUCUACAUACCUGUAGGCUCUGUUAGUUGAUCACCAUAAUCCUGUGUAGUGGCACUGGCAUGUGAUUAAUAUUAUUUUAUUUAUUUUGAAUUUUUUUAAAGGGGGGAUGCAAUGCUUUGUUUAAUAGAUAAAAUAACUAUGGUCUCCAUUUGGAUAAUCUAUUAUUCAAUUACUUUUCCUGUUCUAUGUUUUGUUUCGAAGUAUCGGUUCAGUAGCAGUAUCGUGAUAUUUUAGUCAGGUAUCGUAUCAAAGUCAAAAUUUUGGUACCGUGACAACACUAAAAAGGUGUAAAAGUUAGGUUAAAUCAUGGGUACUUCGUUUUACUAAAAGCAUCUAACCAAAAUUGUUAGAAAUGUAAACAUAAACAUAAAAGAAAACAUUCUCACCACACGCUAAGGGGGGGCAAUCCCUUCAGCAGCAGAACACAAUUCUGCAAACGUUUUCAAUCUUUCUCAUAAUAUAAGUGACUGCUGUGAAAUUGAGACCAUUUUACCAAUCGCAGGGAGAAAUUUACAGUGAUAGUAAACAUGAAGGGGGUAGGAUCAUGAAUUUUUAAAAUAGCUAAAAGUAUGUAAGUUGUAACUUAAGUUCUUGACACUUCUAAAUCAACUUUCAGUGCCCCAAGCCAUAUGCUCAGGAGCGGGGCUUAAGAAUGGGUGAAGGGACAGUCGAGCAAAUGUUUUUUUUUUUCAAAUGCUUUCUUCACAUUUACUAUUUUGUUGCAUGGCAUCUGUUUUAUGCAAGUUCCUGAAGUUUGGUUUUGUGAGGAGAUCAUUUCAGGUCUUAUUUUUACAUUUUUAAAGCUGACUGCUCAUUCAAAAGUUCAUCCAGCUAAAUUUCAUCCAGCUAAAUGAGUUGUGUUUUCUUAGAAAAGUAGAAGUAAACACCCAAAAUAAAUCUAAACAUAAAGCAUAAUCAACAGUGUACAGUACUGUAACAAAUGCAAAGACAAUUUGGCAGUUUUGAAUGUUUAUUCAGAGUUGGCAUCAUCUGAAGUUCUCUCAAGGCUUGGCGUCAUCUAUUCACAGGUGAUGGGUCAUCUGAAAUCUUCAUAAGAGGCUGGAUAAAGUCGGAAAGAGCAAUCUAAAUACAGUAUAGACCAAUUUGGAGAAGACGUCACAGUUACUUCACUUGCAGCUGUGCACGCAUAGUGGUUGCAGAAAAACACUUUUAUCUCACAAUUCUGACUUUUUUCUUGCAAAUGCAAGUUUAUAUCUCUUAAUUCGGACUUUAUAACUCGAUUUAACUAAAAAAUAUUGAAUUUGUCAAUUCUGAAGGGGAAAAAAACAGAAGUGUGGGAUAUAAACUAAUAUAGAGGGUAUGCAUGUGAUGUCACCAUCAGCUGAAGUGGCUGCAGCUCUGCCCACUGAGUGGCAAAAAGACUGAGUGGCAGCAUUGGUUUCAAUGUGAAUGCUGUGACAGGACCCACAAAACACCUCUAAAACCAGAACGAGCUUUGCGAUUGACUGUACAAAGAGAUUUGACAAGAAACCCAAGGUAUAUUUUUACAGACCACUGAAAGCUGCUGAAAAGAGAAGCAAACUAAUCACUUCAAUUUAAAGAAAGAAGAGAUUUGCAGUUAUCAUUUCAUGUUAGUAUGUUGAAUUGUGCAGUAAAAUCAUAUCCUAUAUAUUGUAUUAUAGUACUGACAACUCAUCAACUAAAUAUUUACCAUCUUAAAUUCUGCAUAACUGGAUGUUUUCAAAUAAACACUGACAAAAACUAUAUACAUUUUUCAGCUGGACGAUAUGACGAUAUAUAUAACAUUGAUAUAAAUGAUCACCGGGGUUUAGACCAACCAUCGUUUGUUUUACUCGUGUUUUCGCAUCUUCCCUAUUAAAUCCAUUCACGCUGAAGGCUCUUUUGACCUUCAGUCUGGUUGAGGGGGCGUGUCCCAGCGAGAAAGUGACGUCAAUGCAUACCCUCUAUUCUGAGCCGAGGGGAAAAGAAAGAAUGACGAGUUGUUUUUCCUCAAUAGAACUCAGAUAUAAUCUCAGGAUUUACAAGAAUAAAGUAAGAAUUUUGAAAUCUAAAAUCAAAUUUACCUUUUUUUUAUAGACUGUCACCUGAAAACCGUCAUUUUCAUAGGCUCUGUCCACAAAAAAAUGUCUUCCCUGUUUUGAAUCUGUAAGACUAACGUCAAUUUCGUUGAAUAACAGUGCUUAUCACUGGGUGACAAGCUCUUGUAAUAUGAAGAGACGAUUUUGUAAAUGACAUCUAAUUAAUAUAAUCUAUAAUCUUUUUAAAUCUAACUAUUUUGUUCAGUAUCCAUGUAAUUCUCUAGCCGUAAGGGCUUUCUCUCUGGGUUUUCUGCAACCAUGAUGCCCAAGCAUCCCGAAUGUUUACAAACCUAUAAUUAGUCUAUAGACCAUUUCACUAGAUCUA